AAGCACACUUGAAAAGGCAAAUCAAAUAUUUAUCUCAUAUUACCCUUGAUAUCACUAAGCCUAGAUUAUUAUGCAAACUGAGUGAUGAAAAACAUCAUUUUAAUACUUACUACUGUUUUGUUUCAGAUUAUGGGCGCUUAAACGAAAUGACGUCAUAGAUACAAGGCAACAUGAAGCACUUCAGACCAGAAAGAAGAAGUUGAUAAACCAAAUAUAAACACUAUGACACGAACUGUACUAAAAUACAGCAAAACUAGAAAUGAUAGCAACAAACCUAAAAGGUUUGUGAUGCUCAGUUAAAAAGAUUUCAUUAUGACCGAAUGGAGUACUGAACCGUCUUACAAUGACAAUUUCACAGAAAGCGCAAACGCUUCUCGUCCACCAGACCCUAUCGAAGAUAAAGCUAUCCAAGCAGUUUUCUGCACGGCGUACACUCUAAUCUUCAUCAUAGGAAUCUUCGGAAAUGCUCUCGUGUGCUAUGCUGUCAUUAGAAACCGAGCCAUGCAAACGGUCACUAAUCUCUUCAUCACGAACCUAGCUUUGUCAGACAUAUUACUAUGCGUAUUUGCUGUGCCAUUUACACCCCUCUACACCUUCCUAGGCAGAUGGGUGUUUGGCGGUCUGCUAUGCCAUAUCAUGCCUUAUGCUCAAGGCUGUAGCGUUUAUAUUUCCACUCUCACUUUAACUUCCAUAGCCAUAGAUAGAUUCUUCGUGAUAAUAUACCCAUUUAAACCGCGAAUGAAGAUUAACACCUGUAUUGCAUUGAUCAUUGGAAUAUGGGUGUUCGCUUUAACAGUAACAUUCCCAUAUGGCUACUAUAUGGGUUUAGAAUAUAAUCCAGAAGCCGAAGAAAGCGAGAGAGAUAAUGCUUAUUGCGUGGAGAAAUGGCCUUCAGAUCAAAUUCGGAAAGCAUUUGGCGCCAUUACGACUAUAAUGCAAUUUGUGUUACCUUUUACCAUCAUGGCGUUUUGUUAUACAUGCGUUAGUGUUAAAUUAAAUGAUAGGUUAAAAUCAAGACCAGGGAGUAAGAAUAGUAAGAAGGAAGAUGCUGAAAGAGAAAGGAAAAGAAGAACGAAUAGAAUGUUAAUAGCAAUGGUAGCUAUCUUUGGUCUGUCUUGGCUACCGUUGAAUCUAACAAAUAUAAGCAGUGAUUUCUACUCAUUGACAGAGCAUUGGAGAUACUAUAUGGUAUUAUUCUUCUUUGCACAUUUCAUAGCAAUGUCCUCCACGUGCUAUAAUCCUUUCCUUUACGCUUGGUUGAACGAUAACUUCCGGAAAGAGUUUAAGCAAAUUCUUCCCUGUUUGGCAGUUUUAGUUAAGAAACCUAAAAGAAAAUGCAACGCAUCUGAGAGAACAGAUAUGUUUCGAUCCGAAAAGACUUGCAACGGUAAUGAGAACACGAUACAAGAAUCUUUGUUGUCAACUGUAAAUAAAAUGCCUUCAGUUAGAUAUAAAAUGGAGUUCGAAGAUAAGAUGAAAGUGUAUGAGGACGAUGAAAAUAUAAGUCCUGAUGAGAAACCGGAGGACAAUCCGAGUCCGAGUGAAGACUGUGUUAAUAUGUACAUGUUUGUAGAUAAAACUGUAACUACUUCGGAUAAGGAGCCCAUCGUGUCAGCGUUGUAGCUUCAACGGUACCUACUACUUCUGUGCACGUGAUUACAUAGUUUUCGUUAAUUGUUAAAGUGCUUUAAAGGAAGAGUCGUCUAGAAUUUUCGUGAUCGAUGUAAAUAUCUAAUGAAAAUAGACAAUUGUAGAAAAUAUAAUCGAAUUAAAUUUUAACGCCAGUGGAACAAUUUGAAUUCGUUGAGUAGUACGGUCAGCCACUUUCUUGGCUGACUUCCUUUCCUUUAAAAUAUGGAUUUAGGUAGCUAAAUCCAUAUUUUAAAGGACAUACUGUUUUUUGAAGUCUGAUUGACAUGUUCGACUUCGACCGUUUUAUUAUACAGGUUGAUUAACGAGACAUGUACAAGGCUAACCCUACGCAGUCAGUAAAUCAGUAUCAAAAAAAACAAAAAACAAUCAUAAUUUUUUUCCCUGUUUAUAACUUUUUUAGUAAGGAUAAUUUUAAUUAUCUACAAUCAUGGCCACCCAACAACAUCUAAUUAAUAAAGCAAACCUCUUCGACCGUUAUGACAGCUCUUUGAUUGGUAUGAAGAAAAAAUAAUUCACACUUGAAUGAGAUACGAUUUUUAAAAAGUAACCAGAAGACUUUGAUGAGAUUCAAUUUGAGAGUUGUCAUGGAUAAAGCAAAGAGUAUCGGUAUUUGACGGAAGUAUUCUUGUAGGGUGUCCAUGUAUGUCGUAAAUAAAUUAAAACUUUUUCUUUUACUCUAGAAAAAUAACGUUUAUCUUAUAAUUGUAUAAAAUAGAUCCUUAUAAUUUACUGAAUGCGCAGGGUUGAUCCUGCUCACGUCUCCCGAAUCACCCUGUAUUUAAUUUUAUGUGACGUAUUCUUUUUUAAAUCAGAUCGAAAGCUGAUGGUGAUGUCGAACUCAACGAUAUUGCCUUUUAUUGUUCCGUAAAUUAAUCAAUGGAAAAUGGCAUGAUGAAACGCUGUAAGGGGCAUUGGGAUUAUGUACAACGAUGGAUUUUCUGAAAAUGUUGUAUGAAAUAAUUAAAAUAAGAGAAGAGUCCUCGGACUUCGAAAAAAUGACGUUCAGUUCCGUUCCAAAACUUAUCUUAGGACACCAACGCAUCAGAUCUUUUACUAAUUAGAUAGCUACUCAGCGUAGCCUAUCCUCGUAAGUCCCGGCGUACUUGUAAAAGUACAAAUUAAAUUCGAGUUAUGAACUCUUAUAGAAAUAAAAGAAAGUUCCAAAUUCAAAAGCGCAAAAAUUGGCUUGGGUCUUAAGUACGAGGCUAUAUUUGUAUGUCAUACUAAACCAAGGCUCGGAACCGGUUUUUUCUUCAUACAAAAAAUACCGGUAUUAUUACGUUCUUUUUCGUUCUUUGUUUUAUUAUUUAAUUUUUAAUGGGACAAUCUAAUCAUACGAAUUUGUACCUAAAUACAUAAUUCAGUCUUACGUAAAGAGCAUAAAAUAAUUAAUAAUAUUGGGUAUAGGCGAUAUAGGCGGUUUUGAAAAAAACCGGCUCCGAGCCUUGUACUAAACUAAAUUUACUCGAUAUGGAAACAACCCCAAAUCGCUUAAAAAAUUGGCUGUUUCAUUUCGGCGAACCGAUGUGACGAUUAAAUUUUGUACCUACUAGUAUGUUGAUUUUAUUAUAUAUUUUACGGUAAGAGUCCGUCUAGCUAGCUUUGCAUCGACUUGAACAGAACCAAGUGAGGAAGUGCCAUUACUUAUAAUUGGUCAUUUUAUCAUACAAAUUUGACAUUAAUGAUGACACUUUGUCAUUGCAAAUGGCACGCAUCAGCAGGCUUGGCCCAACUUUAGUCCCAUGACUUCCACGCUUCAAAUGAUUUACUUUUACUAAAAUAAUUACCUACCUCACAGAAAGACCGUAUGAAACAUCAUGUGUUGAACAUUCAUUGUGAUUUUUAUAAUAAUUAAUAGUAUUAUUUAAUAUACAUUUUAAGCUUGUUAGUAGUUAAACUGCGAUGUUGUUUUGUUUUAGAUAAAUACUGUAAUAGUAUACGAACGUUGUAAAUAAAAUAGAUUAUAAUUAGUUUCGUGUACAUACAUACUUUAUUGUGAUAAAAAAGUGUUUACAUCAAUUAAUUCCUAAAGGAAUUAUGAGCCCAUUGAUAGAAACACUUUUUAAUAAGCUUUGUAAAUUAUUAUUAAGUACUUGUAUUGUAUGUUUAAGUUUUAGGUUAACGAAUGCUGUCUAAACUAAGGAUAUUUUUUUAAUUGUUAAUGUAUAUGAUACGAAAUUAGGCCUUGUACUAAAUGUCAAUGGAAAAAUGUGCAAUUCGUUGUCAAUCUGUCAAUAAACUAUACCAAAGGA